AUGGAGACAGAUUGGGAUGAGGUCGCUCGCGUUGUGCUUCCUCCGCCUAGUCCAAAUGCUUUGAACACGCCCAUCAGCACUUUUUCUUUUGAUUCUAUGCAAGAGCUGUUAUGGGCUGCAAACGAAUUCGGUCGAAUCACAUCUUUCUAUGGACCUGAGUUGCAAAGAUAUACCUCUUACCGAGGCCAUGCACCCGCCGAGGGACCUGUCAAGCAGAUGCUUAUUCAAGAUGACAUGAAAGAUCUGCGCUGCAUGGCGUUCACCUCAAAAGGUGUUCACGAAGUCCUAGUUGCCGGAUGCCAGGAGACGAUGUACAAGAUUGAUGUUGACAAAGGAGUCAUCACGUCCACACUCAAAGCCGAUGCGCCAUAUACUAUGAUGAAACGCGGCGGACAGUACAUCUGCGCCGGUACCGCUGAUGGCUACGUCCACUUCCUAGAUUUGAUCAACUAUAAAGUCGCCAGAACCUGGAAAGCGCACUCGGCAUUCAUCAACGACAUGGAUGCUAGAUCAGACGUCCUUGUCACAUGUGGAUGGUCUUCGAGGCCACAGCAUGGUUACAUGUUGGAUCAUCUCGCAAACGUUUUCGACCUGAAGACUCUCAUGCCUCUGCCCCCAGUACCAUUUCCACCAGGCGCCGCAUUUGUUAGGAUGCACCCGAAAAUGUCCACAACCUGCAUGGUCGCAUCUCAAGGUGGACUCAUCUAUGCGAUCGACAUCAUGAAUCCUGAUGCGCCUAGCAUGCGGCAUGCAAACGUCUUCGAUACCCAUAUCACAUCUCUAGACAUAGCACCAUCAGGGGAUGCUCUAGUGCUUGCUGAUGCCCAAUGUGCUAUGCAUCUCUGGGGAUCACCUAACAAGAUUCAAUUCACAGAGUAUGGCAGUCCGACUGAGUUUGCGGAUCAACCUGCACCUACUCCUCCAAUCGACUGGUCACCAGAUAUUCACCUUGUCUCAGAAGUUGGCGCACCGCCGAGCAAGAUCGAUGCUGGCAUACUCGCCGCAUUGAAACGAUCAGAUAUCGGAGGAUAUGCGCCGUUUCCACGCAAGACGCGAAGGUACCAAUUCGAAGAUACCAGAGCCGUUCAAAGAGCGCAUGACACUCUCUCGGCACCUCGAUUCCUUAGUGAGCGACAGAAAGAUGAUUCACAAGGCCAUGAAGGUCCUAGAAGAAUGUCGGAUGCUCUCGAAGCACUUGGCGAUCUUGCUUUGGGUGGUGCCAUUCGACGAGACGUCCCAGUCAUGUAUCGAAACGUCGAGAUCAAAUAUAGUAAAUUUGGUGUAGAUGAUUUCGACUUUGAGCACAUGGAGCAAUCUCUCACUACAGGCGCUUUGCUCGCAAUAAGAUGCGGGCAUUGCGCUAACGAAANNAUGCUCAAGCCAGGCGAGACUCUUGUUCACGAUCUGGUUUAUCCACCAAAGCCACUAAAACAUCACCCACGCAUGGCCCCACCGAGACCAGCAUUCUCUCAGGUCCUCAAAGCGAGUGUCGAACGACAAGAUCAGACUCGUGGCUGGUGUGACCGAUGCAAGCGAUACCAACAACUCAGCACCCGCAAGACUAUCCAGAGCAUUCCUAAAGUUCUGAUGGUCAAUACUGCCAUUCAUUCGCCAGACCACAAGCAGCUAUGGUCAAGUCCUGGAUGGCUACCUCAGNAAAUCGGCGUUGUGGUUCAGAAUGGACAGUUCUUCUGCUAUGAAGGAUCUGACCUCAAAUACCACCUCCAGCGCGGCUUUUAUGAUAUCAUGGUCUACGAACUUGUUGGUAUGGUAGUUGACAUUAACAGUGCAGACAACCAAAAGUCCCAUCUGGUAUCGUUGAUCAACGUCGCGCCAUCUUCGCCUGACCCAGCGGAUCAAGACCAGUGGCACUUAUUUAAUGACUUCCUCGUCAGGUCUACAACAUCCGAAGAAGCCCUUCGAUUUGACAUGAAUUGGAAACUACCAUCCAUUCUUACCUACCAAGCCAAGUCAGCAUCUCAUGUCAUUGAUGAUUCUUGGAAAGAGAACCUUGACCCAUCCUUACUCUACUAUUUACCAAGAGGGCCGCACAAAUCGCCCGAUCCAACAGUACUGCGCAACCUCAAUCCUACGACUGAGCUUCCUCGGGCUGGCAUGCCAUGUGCAAUCGACGCCGAGUUUGUUGCACUCUCCAAGGCCGAGAUCGACAUUAAAGCGGAUGGCACGCGCGAGACGGUUCGACCACCUCGUCUGGGCCUUGCACGUGUGUCAGUACUACGAGGUGCAGGUCCUUACGAAGGCUUGCCGUUCAUUGACGAUUACAUCGCAAGCUCGGAACCUGUAGUUGACUAUCUGACCGCAUACUCGGGCAUCAGUCCAGGUGAUCUCGACCGCGCUGUCAGCAAACACAACUUGGUCAACCUCAAAGUGGCCUACAAGAAGCUAUGGCUGCUGCUUAAUCUGGGUGUCGUGUUUGUCGGCCACGGCCUUCCUAAAGACUUCCGUAUCAUCAACAUUCACGUCCCACGAGCGCAGGUUGUCGAUACGGUUGAUCUCUUCUCCCAUCGUCUGCGCAGUCAGCGUCGUCUCUCGUUACGCUUCCUGGCUUGGUACUUGCUAAGGGAAGAGAUCCAACAAGAUGCUGAUAAAGGUCACGACAGUGUUGAAGAUGCCCUCACGGCACUUAAGCUAUGGCGCAAGUACCAAGAGUUCAUGGACGCCGGUAUCAUCGAAAGCAUGCUCGACGACAUCUUCGACCGCGGCAGAGAGACCAACUUCAAGCCACCAUCAGUUUACAAAACAGAACGAGAGACAGGAGAAUGGAGACCUGAGACUCCAGGGCAUAUGUCUGUACCAGGCACACCUGCUAGAAAGACGGUGGGACCUGCGCUUCUCGGAGGAUCCAACCAGACUCCACCCAUCAAGAAGGAUAUAUUCGGCAGCCCACUGAGGUAG